GUGAAGAAUACAGCGCAGGUUUUAGUGAGAGCAGGAAUAGAUUUUGAGAGGGAGUCACGAACUGCUGAGGCACCAAAACACGAAAGAUGUCAUUUGCCAGUGACAAGCUGUACAAUGGAUACUUGCGGCGGAAUAUGCCGACCAUUGUGACUAGGGUGAAACCGACAGAAAUAAUGAUCCAUCUGCCUUGCUUGACUUCUCAUGACAGGGAAAACAUUGAGGCAAAAAGAGAGACAUAUGGGAACUAUGACAGCAUGGUGGUUCUUCUGGACUGUCUGAAGAGAAGAGAAAACUGGCCAGAGCAGUUCAUCGAAGCACUUGAGGCGUGUGAGCAUUCAACUUUAGCAGCUGAGAUUAGAGCAGAAUACAACGCUUUGAGAGUCAUCCACAAUUCCAACCCCAGCUCCCCUCCAACGACUGUCGUCAGGGCACACGUCCAUCCUGCACCCUCUGCCAGUCAUAUGUCCCUCCCAGAGGGUGGUGCAAACAGUCAGGCUAUUGUUGAUCCACCAGCUGAAGCAUCAGCUCCUCCACAGCCAGCUGCCCAGGCCUCCCCCCCUCUGGAAACCCCUGUGCAGCAACAAGUCCCCCAGAGCUCAGCAGCCAACGUUCCUGAGGCAGUUUCCCCAUCUGAGCCUGUCUCUGAGCCUCCACAGUCAACUCAGAAUGAAGUGAUACCCUGUCCAACACCUCCUCCUUCCCCUGUUACCCCACAUAAUCAGGCCACUAGAACCCCACCGCCUCAGAGGGAGAUUAGAUCUCACCAGGAGCCGGUGGAAAACUCAGAAUCAGACAUCCAGGAUAUCUCUGGUGGUAUUGCUGUGAUCCCUGAUCAGCUGAUUGCAGGGAACAGUGAGGUAUCGAUCAACUCUGUGGCUGCUCUUCAACCAUCCCGUCCUGUUGAGCAGUCUGAAACAGACUCUCCGUCCCACCCAGAUCCGGUCCAAACAACAACAACCGCCACAGAGGUCAGUCCACCACAGAGUCCCUCUCCAACUCAGAUAAACUCAGAUGGGACCGAUGGAUCCUCUUUCCCCAUGAUGACCCCAGAGAGGCCUCCAGUCCAGGACACCACCCCUCCUGUUGACCUAAAACCUGCUGCUGUCCUGCAGCCUGAACAGCUAUCAGGACCUCCUGCUACACAGGUUGUUGAAAGCAGCCCACAGACAGAAACUGCAGCUACAACCCCCCCCCUGCCUGUUGCUGCUGGGAUGGACGCCUCUCUCUGUGAUGACAACACGGUGUGUCUGAGCAAGCCUGGCCAACUCAUCAGCAUCCCCCCACAAAAUCAUGAGCGCCCUACUAUCCCUGCGCCCAGCUCACCGGUGCAGCCCUACUCAGGGAAUAGUGAGCGUCUGGAAAUGAGCAAUGCUGCAGGUGACACUGUGACCUCUGCCUGCCUUUCUGCAUGCUCUGCUGUCAGCUCCACCACCGAGAGCACAGUGUCUGCACUGCCAUGCCAGGAGAACGGCAUUGCUCUUAACCAUAACGAACCGGAGGAAAACCAGUAUGACUCUCCUUCUCAGAGUUUGGGAACACAGGAGGUGCUGGAGAACGUGGUGCAUGUAUCCGAGGAGGCGUCUAUCCUUAACCUAGACGGCCAAAGCCCACCACCACAAGCUCAAAUCGUCAAUGAUGAAGCAGCCAAGGAGAUCACGCCUGUACCACCACCAUUCACCAACACUGUUGAUACUGUAUCGAGUGUAAACACCCCCUCCAGUGAGAACUACCACCCCUCUGAGCCUGCACCUGCUGAUAUUUCACCACAGCCGAAGACACUGCAGGAUUUAGAGAAGAAGGUGGCCUCUGGCACCCUGACAACUAAUACAAAGUACAUUCUGACCGCUGCAGGAGUGGGCGCCUGUGCACUGCUGAUGGCGUGGAGGUUUAAGAGAUAAGGGGAUUUAAUACCUUUAACCGAAGACAAGAUUAGACUUUGAGGCUUUUAAAAGAGGAUGUUAUGGUUAUGGCGCCUUAUUGUAGUCACUGGACUGGGAUGACGUGAGGCAUCUGUUUAAUAAUUACCUUUAGUACCGAUAGCUGACUUGCCAGGCCGUUGAUUAUGUGUAUGUUGUUACGUUGGACUAUGUUUUAUCAUUUUACUUUUGAAUGAAGUUGGCCCUAAAAACCAAAACUACCCUUCUUAUCCUAGUUUGGAAACGUAAUGGAUCUGGGUUGAGAUCUCAGGUUUUUUAUGGACUUGCUGCAAAUAAGUGGUUUGUAAAGAUACACUGAUGCUGUCUUUUAUUGAUAGAAAUGUUUGUAUGUUCACUUGUCUGAAAAGCACUUUCAAGAUAAGACUGCUGGCUGUCAUCCAGUGAGGGUUAUUCUACCAAGUACCAGUUUUACUGGAUGUGAACUGCGGAAGAAAGAGUACCAGCAUCCCACUCUGUAAAUGAUGGCUAGUGCACUGUCUGUAUUUAUUUGUACAUAUAUGAAUACGCUAUUUAGGUAUCUAUGUAUUUUAAGAAGAAAUGAUUUGUCAAAAACAUUCCAAAGUACUCAUAAUAUCUUAAUAAAUCAGUCAGCUAAAAAUGUUAUAAUUCAGUUAAAUACUGAGUCCAGACCAGUUACUCCAAUUCGUUUUAAAACCAUGGGACGUCCUGUUUAUUUAUUAGCCAAAGACACUGUUACCGUAGGUCAUCAUGUGAUUAAUUGCAUAUUAAACUGGGGUUUUAAAUGGUAA